AUGGCCAUGGAGACUGCAGAUUUGACUCCGCUGCUAGAACAGCUGGAAGAUAAUAUUGAUGAGAUAGAAGAGGCCCUAGAGCCGCUUCUAGAGCAUGGGUUGGCCGCGACUGCACAGAAGCUGCCGUUGAUGGAGAAGGCAAAGCUUCAUAUCCUUCUCACAUACUCCAUCGAGUCUCUUAUAUUCUCGUAUCUACGUCUCAACGAUGUAGAUGCAAAAGAACACCCUGUGUUCAAGGAACUGAUUCGAGUGAGGCAGUAUCAUGAAAAGAUUAAGACCCUAGAGGCCCCGCCAGAGAAACGAACAAUGACGCUAGACAAACAGGCUGCCGGAAGAUUUAUAAAACAUGGACUUGCAGGAAAUGACAAGAUAGAUCUCGAGCGCGCCGAGCAGGAGGCAAAGGAGAAGGCCAUGGCGCAACUACGGGCGGCACAACUAGCUAGAGUGAAGGCAAAGUCGGCGGUACCGCAGAAACGCCCGAUCGAAGAGUCCGAUUCGUCUGAAAGAGAUAGCACCGAACUUUCGACGCCUGAGCCGAAGAAGAGUAAAACGGCGGAAGCGGAGGAUGAUGAUUACAACGAGGAUGACGAGGAUGAAGAUGGCCAGAAUGAGGAUACGAAGAGCGAAGAGCUGGUUAUUAAGUUGGAUCAGCCCACGAAUGCAAAGAAGCAAAAUGAGAAAGAAAGGAAGGCAAAGCGGGCCAGAAAGAAGGAAAAGAAUCGCAUAAAAAGGCAGCGCAAGAGAGAAGCAGCGCAGCAAGCGGAACAGCCUGCGAAUGCGAAUGCUAACGGUUGA